AUAUAUAUAUAUAUAAAUAUAGGUAAAAAUAAAUAUGGCGAAAAGACGAACUGUACGUAUAGAUAUAGGUGUGUUCCAAAUAACUCCGUGCACUUUACUAAGUAUAUUUUUGUUCGGAUAUGCACUACAUUUCAUAGGAUUCUUUUCACCAUUCUGGGUGAUCGAAGGAUGUCACGAAAUUGGACUGUUUUACAGCUGUAGUGACUGCAUGACAUUGAAUCAUACAAGCAGUGUAAGGGGAUGCUUCAUUCACGAUAGUUCAUAUCACGAAGUGAAUCUCUGGUUUCAGGUAGUUUCACUUUUGUUCAAUACUUGCCUGCUGGUUGUCUUGAUAGUUUUCACGCUGUGGCGUUUCUAUGUACGAGAUGUGGUGGGUGACGGUUCGGAAUCUGGGAACCCAUUUGACUACGACUGGCUCCAUGAAAUCAUUGCAGGCUGUAUCUUUAAUUUAAUUUAUACAAUUUCAGGAUUACUAACUCUCAUAGGAUGUAUUAUACUAGCUACUCAUCACGUAUCACAGCUUUCAUGGUCUUUUGGAUUAGGAUGUGCUGGAGGAAUAUAUUCAUUAAUUAUGGUAAUUCUUGCAGAUAUUGUUAUUAUUCAAAUAAAGAGAGGACGUUUUCAUUUGAAUGAAAUAGUGGAAACAGAUUCUGAUCCAGAAGAUGAUUCGAAGACCCUCGCAGUACAUGUCCAGAAACAUGCUCAAUGGAAACUUUCAUUCAAACAGCCUCGUAGUGAAUUUGUCUAGUCUUUAUGCAGAACUGCAUUCGAUAAAGUUAAACAUGUUUCUAAUUUGCAGUGUUUCAUUUUGUCAGCACACACACUGUAGGCGAACAUGAUUUUGGUUUGAUUUUCAAAAAUCGGACUUGAAUAAAUGUGAUAUUUAUUUGUUUCAGGAUAAAAUCAACAAUCACAUCUCAUUUCAGGAAGUAUUCUUGUUAUCAAGUAUGCAUUCACUUGGAAUAAUUCUAAUUGUUUGUAUUUAUAUAAAUGUGACAUUUAAAUGACUUUAAAGAGGAAAAGUUAAGUAUACGCCUUUUGUAAUUCAUUUGACAAAAUAAGAAACAAAAGCUCUUAAUAGAUAUAGAAUAUUCUCUAUUGACAUAUGUGUUCUGAACAGAUUCCCUUAGUAAUAUUUUUUUUGUCUAAUGUGCAUAGCUAUGUUAUAUCUUAUUUACCGUAUUCCUCAUUCCGGAAUACACAGUUUGUAUCUUUUAUGUGUAGUUAACCAACAACAGAUAGGAGGACAACCAUUUGAUUUUUGGGAGGAAAGCAGGAUUUUUCUUACUAUACUGGCUUACUUUUGUGAAUGACAGAGCCAUACGAAAAUUUUGUUAUUUUCACUUUUUUUGUACGUAAUUAUUGCCUGUGUUGUGUUUGGUGGCAUGUUCAUUUUCGUCAUGUCUUGGGCAUUGUUAUUGUUUGUUCUGUUCUUACCAGGGCAGAACAGUAGUUUACAAAAUCCUCCUGCUCCUGCUUGUUGCGAAGCAUAGGCACGCCUUCACCUACUUAGAAUAUAUUAUAGACUCAAAGUUCUGGUUAAAAAAAUACAGUAAGUAAGCUGAUGGCAGAACUAUAUCAUUUAGAUAUAUACUUUGCUUUAUUAUAUAGUUUUAUAAAAAAAAAAAUUUUUACAUAAAUUUUAUCUAUUUUUG